GAAAAAAGAUAAAAGAGAAAUAAGGAGAGUGAAAGCGAGCCACACGAUGGGGGUAUGGCGGAAAGAAGCAUCGACCGAGUUAAUGAGACGGAUCAAGCAACUAACUAUUGACUAUGAGAGACUCUGUUUCCGAUUACUUUGCUCGAACUCCUCUGCUCUCUGCAUUUUUCGCCAACUCUAGUGUUGUGGGAAGGGCUGCAUGCGAUUUCAACUCUAGUUGCUUCCUAUUUUCUCCGGCCAAUUCGCAGCAGAAACAGAUUGUGGGGAUUAGUGGUGAACUCUGCUCUGAGUGUGAUGAGUGAGCCAAAGGUCAGGCGUUGGGUUGGAAAGUACGAGGUUGGAAGAACCAUUGGUGAAUGUGCUUUUGCAAAAGUGAGGUUUGCUCGGCAUUCUGAGACAGGAGAACCUGUGGCUCUCAUGAUCCUUGAUAAAGACAAGGUUCUUAACCAUAAGAUGGCUGAUCAAAUUAAGAGAGAUAUUUCUACUAUGAAGUUGAUAAACCAUCCAAAUGUAGUUCAGCUUUAUGAGGUUUUGGCCAGCAAGGCGAAGAUGUAUAUUGUCCUAGAGUUCAUCAGUGGUGGAGAGCUUUUUGAAAAAAUUAAAAUUGAUGGGCGCAUGAAUGAAGACGACGCACGGAGAUACUUCCAGCAGCUUAUCAACGCAGUUGAUUAUUGCCACAGCAGGGGUGUGUACCACAGAGACUUGAAGCCAGAAAAUUUGCUUCUUGAUGCUCAAGGAAAUCUGAAAGUCUCUGAUUUUGGAUUCAGUGCCUUGUCCCAACAAGUCGGGGGAAAUGGCCUUCAUCACACUGCAUGUGGAACUCCAAACUAUGCUGCUCCUAAGGUUCUUACUGAUCAAGACUACGAUGGGGCAAAGGCAGACUUGUUGUCAUGUGGAGUGAUACUCUUUGUGCUACUUGCUGGUUAUUUGCCUUUUGAGGAUUCUAGUCUCACGACGUUGUACAAAAAGAUCUCAUCUGCUGAAUUCAGUUUUCCUACUUGGCCCUCUUCUGGUGCCAAGAACUUGAUCGUCCGAAUCUUGGAUCCAAACCCUAUCACUCGUAUCACAAUUCCAGAGAUUUUGGAAGAUGUGUGGUUCAAGAAAGAUUACAAGCCAGCUGUGUUUGAAGAGAAGAAUGAAGCAAAUUUGGCUGAUGUGGAAGCUGUUUUUAACGAUUCUGAAGAUGGGAGAGUGCAAUUGAGGUCAUUUCCUUGUGUGAUAUGUUCAGGUGGUACUACUUGUGGCGACGUUCGUUCAAGGACCAAACUGAUGAACGGGUUGAUAGAACGAGGGAGACCACAAGAGGCACAUUCCAUUUUCAACACUCUUAUUGAGGAAGGCCACAAGCCAAGCAUCAUCACAUACACCACUCUUGUAACUGCAUUGACCCGUCAGAAGCACUUCCACUCUCUCCUUUCCCUUAUCUCUAAAGUCGAGAAAAAUGGCCUUAAACCCGACACCAUUCUCUUCAAUGCCAUCAUCAACGCCUCUUCCGAGUCUGGAAAUCUCGAUCAAGCAAUGAAGAUCUUUGAAAAAAUGAAGGAAAGUGGAUGUAAACCCACAACAAGUACAUUUAAUACUCUCAUUAAAGGAUAUGGAAAACUUGGUAAGCUAGAGGAAUCUUCAAGACUCCUGGAAAUGAUGUUACGGGAUGAGAUGCUCCAACCAAAUGACAGAACAUGUAACAUACUUGUCCAGGCUUGGUGUAACCAGAGGAAGAUUGAAGAAGCAUGGAACAUUGUAUAUAAGAUGCAAUCUUAUGGGGUAAAACCUGAUGUAGUAACUUUUAACACAUUGGCAAGAGCAUAUGCGCGGGUCGGGUCAACAUAUACAGCUGAGGAUAUGAUCAUACCAAGGAUGUUACACAACAAAGUUAAACCAAAUGUACGUACCUGCGGUACCAUAGUUAAUGGCUACUGUGAAGAGGGCAAGAUGGAAGAAGCUCUGAGGUUUUUCUAUAGAAUGAAAGAACUUGGAGUUCAUCCAAAUCUCUUUGUUUUUAACUCACUAAUCAAAGGCUUUCUUGACAUCAAAGACAUGGAUGGAGUUGGCGAGGUGGUGGAUCUGAUGGAAGAAUUCGGGGUAAAACCUGACGUGGUAACAUUUAGCACUCUAAUGAAUGCAUGGAGCUCUGUCGGAGAUAUGAAAAGAUGCGAAGAGAUCUAUAGAGAUAUGUUGGAAGGAGGAAUAGAUCCUGACACUCAUGCAUUUAGUAUCCUUGCCAAAGGGUAUGCUCGAGCUGGAGAGCCCGAAAAAGCGGAGCAAAUCUUGAAUCAGAUGAGAAAAUUUGGUGUUCGACCAAAUGUAGUGAUCUACACACAGAUCAUAAGCGGUUGGUGCAGCGCGGGUGAAAUGAAGAAAGCAAUGCAGGUAUAUAACAAAAUGUGUAGAAUCGUUGGUUUGUCGCCUAACUUGACUACUUACGAGACUCUUAUAUGGGGAUUUGGGGAAGCGAGACAGCCAUGGAAAGCGGAAGAGUCCAUUGUUCUUAAAGGGAAUGCCUGAGAAACCAAAGCUAUGCAUCAAGUCUCAGUUUGGUUUGAGGCAGAGUGUUUUGGUGGUGUUGUGCAGAGACCAGUUUGGGGAAGCUGGGAGAAUUUGCAAAUUCAUGUAGACUUUGUUUUGCUUUAGAGAUGGAGCUAUAUUAAAGGGUAAGAGAAGCUAACCACAGAUUGGUGUCGAUCGAAUUCUAAGAUAAACAGUACAUUUUUCUGUACAAAUAUUUGUUUUCAUAAUGAAAUGGAAAAUAUGGUUUUAAUUCUUUAA